AUGCCUUGUAGCCGUUGUGUUGUUCAGGACUGUGGAAACGUAAAGAACGAUAAAUUGGGGAUUUGGGCAGCGUAAGAUUAAAGUGGAAAAGGUUUGUCUCCAUUCAUCGGAAGGAUUUCAACCCGGUGGGAAAAUUUUCUGUGUGCUCGGAGCAUUUCACAAGGGAUUGUUUUACGCUUGCUUUUCCGAUGAAAGGCAUGAAAAGGAAUUUGAAAAAGGGGAGGUUUCCAAACAUUUGGAAAAAAUCCUCUGAAACACUAUCAAAGCGGAGUCGA